AUGCUGGGGGCGGUGGCGGUGCCUCCGACUGCGCCGCCGGUGCUGAUGCUGGGGGCGGUGGCGGUGAUCUCAUGGCGCCCUCCGGUGCUACGGCUUGCGGCGGCGGCAGAGCAGCUGCAGCCGCCUCCGACUGCGCCGCCGGUGCUGAUGCUGGGGGCGGUGGCGGUGCCUCCGACUGCGCCGCCGGUGCUGAUGCUGGGGGCGGUGGCGGUGCCUCCGACUGCGCCGCCGGUGCUGAUGCUGGGGGCGGUGGCGGUGCCUCCGACUGCGCCGCCGGUGCUGAUGCUGGGGGCGGUGGCGGUGCCACGGCGCCCCUACGGGUGGGCCGCGGCUCGGGUCAGGGGCUCGGUCGGCGAGGCGUGCGGCACGGAGCGAGCGCUGCCAGGUCGGCGCGUCCAGCUUCUGCAGCCACGCCCUCUUCGCCUCCUCUUCCACGCCGCGCUGGCUGCACGCCUGCUGCACGCCCGCGUCGCACUUGGCUAG